AUGGCAGAUCAAGACCGCUUAAGCAUGGCAGAGGUCAAGGAGCAGAUCCUUGCCAACUGCACCACACUUUGGCCAAUCUUCCACCCAACCUCCUCCGAUGACGAAAAAGAAGACGACCACCCAGAACUCACUAUCAACACCAUCGGCGGCAGUGCCAACAUCUUUGCCAGCGUAGUGUACGACAACGGAAAUGGAUUCUAUGUCAUGAUGAACGGCCCGGAGGCUACCAACCAACGCCGGGCUUGCGAGAAGCUUCUGGCUAUGACCAGCGACAUCCUCGCUAAUUACUGGAAGAAGCACGUGUACUACGAGGCCCACCUGAAGGUCAAGAAGGGAGGCAGUGGCGGGACGUACUAUGCGGAGUAG